CUUGUUUCAGAUCAAGCUGAUGUGAUGGUGAGGGUGUUUUGCUUGUACAUGUAAUGUGAUGUGAUGGUGAGUGGUGUUUUGCUUGUUCAUGUAAUGUGAUGGUGAGUGGUGUUUUUCUUGUUUCAGGUAAUGUGAUGUGAUGGUGAGGGUGUUUUUCUUGUUUCAGACCAAGCUGAUGUGAUGGUGAGGGUGUUUUGCUUAUUCAUGUAAUGUGAUGUGAUGGUGAGGGCGUUUUGCUUGUUUCAGGUAAUGUGAUGUGAUGGUGAGGGUGAGGGUGUUUUGCUUGUUUCAGGCCAAGCUGAUGUGAUGGUGUGGGUGUUUUGCUUGUUUCAGGCAAUGUGAUGUGAAGAAGUGGGUGUUUUGCUCACGUCAGAGUUUUUCUGUGGUUGAUUUGGCCCAGGUGCCUGUGGUUGUUGAGCUUCUGCAGAAAGGGUUCUGUAAUAAUUGAACUGAUCUCAGGAGGAGGAAGGGCUUUUAAACAUCGAUACAAGGGAGACGUGAGAGGAAUUUGCUUGAGGUGCAGAAGUUAAGGGCGUGAGCGGAAUGUCCGUGGAUGAGAAGCCUGAAGCCCCCAUGUACGUGUAUGAGUCGACGGUUCAUUGUACCAAUAUCCUCCUGUGCCUGAACGACCAGCGGAAGCAGGAUAUCCUGUGCGAUGUGACUGUCCUGGUGGAGGGAAAGGAGUUCCGUGGCCACCGGGCCGUGCUGGCCGCCUGCUCAGAAUACUUCUUGCAGGCUCUGGUGGUUCAGGUCGAGAAUGACUUGGUCCUCAGCCUACCUGAGGAGGUCACUGCCAGGGGAUUCGCCCCAUUGUUGCAGUUUGCCUACACUGCUAAGCUGUUACUCAGCAGAGAAAACAUCCAGGAGGUCAUCCGCUGUGGCAAAUUCCUGCGCGUGCACAACCUGGAGGACUCGUGCUUUCGCUUCCUGGAGGCCCAGCUCCGCAGUGAGGAGGAUGGCCUGCUGCUGUGCCACAAGGUGGCGCCGGCCGAGGGCAACCACAAGACCGAGGACGAGAACAUGCAGUCUGAGACAACAACAAAGGCAGCCUCCCCCCAGGCACGCCGGCGCUCUGAAGCCCUUUCCUCCUUGCGGCGCGCCCCGGACAAGGACCGGCUACCCGUGUCGGUGCCCAGUGACUUCAGCAACGUACGACUGGACUUCGACAGACAUGGAGCAUCCGACCUCCCCCGCUGCCCCAAAUACAGGAAAUACCAGUGGGCCUGCAACAAGCACAAUAACGACACCUCCUCACACACCAGUACCUCAGGUUUACCAAGCACAUUAUUAUUAAAGGAGACCAGCGGUGGCAUCAGCGGCGGGGCGGUCCGGGGCCAGAGCAUGUCGCCGGUGGCAGACAUCAAAGUGGAGCCGCGGGCAGAGGAAGAGGCCAUCUCGCUGUGCCUGUCAGGGGACGAGCAGGGUGGCCUGGACAAGGAGACAGGCAUGGAGAUGGACAGUGUCCCAGUGUUGUCCGCCUCCUCCGCCAAGAGGAGCAAGUCCCCCACCUGCCUCCGCGCCUUCUUCAAAAAAGGAGCAGACCUGCCGGGUCUGCCCAACAUGUCGCAGCAGCUAUUUGCCAACAGACUCGCCAGCGUCUGCCCCCAAGACAAAGGAACCACUCUGGAAGAUCACAAAACAAAAGACUUCAGGCCUCUCAAUGCUGGGGAGCUGGGCCUGUCUAUUACAUCCCUGAAGGAGGUAGACGGCUUCCCUCUGAGGCUCUCGUCGCUGAAGUCCACCUCCUGCGACGGCGUCUGCAAACAGGAAGUGGAGCUGGACCGCCGCAGUGUCAUCUUUUCCUCCUCAGGGGCCUGUGACCGUCUAGGCUCCCCGGCGCAUUCCUACCCCGGCGGGAGCUCUUUAGAGAUGGAGCUCUCGGAGCACACGUCAAUGGGCCUGUGGGCUGGUGCCAGCCAGUCCCUUCCCAGCUCCCAGACCUACUCCCCGAGCAGUGCCCCCUCCCUCGCCUCCGCCACCACCGAGCCCCCGCCGGUCCUUUGUCGCCCGCUGCCAAACACCAGCUGCCCAGUGCCAAUCAAGGUGUGCUCGCGCUCGCCGCCCUCUGAGACCCGCACACGGACCUCCAGCUCCUGCUCCUCCUACUCCUACGCGGAGGAUGGGAGCGGUGGCUCACCCUGCAGCCUGCCCCAGUUUGAGUUCUCCUCCUCGCCGUGCUCCAACGUGGCGCUCCGCCUCGCCGCCGACCAACAGGAACAGGGCGUGAUGGGGGGGGACACCCUCUUCAACCAGGUUCGCCCCAAGAUCAAGUGCGAGCAAUCGUACGGCACCAACUCCAGUGACGAGUCGGGAUCCUUCUCCGAGGGUGACAGCGAGUCGUGCCGAGUCGAUCAAGGGCGAGAGGUAAAACUUCCUUUCCCUGUUAAUCAAAUCACAAAUCUUCCACGGAACGACUUCCAAAUGAUGGUAAAAAUGCACAAACUGACCUCAGAGCAGCUGGAGUUCAUCCAUGACAUCAGGCGACGGAGUAAGAACCGCAUCGCAGCGCAGCGUUGUCGCAAGAGGAAGCUUGACUGCAUCAUGAACCUGGAGUGCGAGAUCAGAAAACUGGUGAACGAGAAGGACAAGCUGCUGACGGAGAGGAACCAGCUGAAGGAGUGUAUGGGCGAGCUGUGGGAGAACUUCUCCUGUCUGUCCCAGGAGGUCUGCAGGGACAGACAGCUGAGUCCGGAGCAGGUCCAGUCCCUGAACCACCACUGCCCUGUCCUGAAGCCCGGCACCACCAACGCCACCACCACUGCCAGCAACGUUGCCUCUAACAGCAUUGACCUCAUCACCCACUCCAGCUCAGCCACCCCGGAGCCCAGCUUCCUCAAGUCCUCCGGGCCCUCAGAGAGCGAGCCUGAUUGGGCCAUGGGCAACGGGGCUGAUGGGGGGCCAGGUAGCAAUGAGGCGGAGGGCCAGGAGCCAAGUUUAUACAUGGAGUCGGGGUUCUCGUUCAAUGAACAGUCCAAUCAGACGGUGACGGUAGACUUCUGCCAGGAAAUGACUGAUAAAUGUACAACUGACGAACAGCCGAGAAAGGACUGUACUUAGUAAACUGUGGUUUUAAUGUUUUUUAUUAUUUAAUUUCUAGUUUUUAUUUUCUUCUGACAAAUCCCUUCCUCUGGGUUGGUGAGAUGUUCAGCCUCUACCAGUGUUCUUUAAACAACAUGUUUUUUGUUUGUUUUUAUUUAUGUCUUUUUGUUGUCUUUUUAUAGGUUGACACUACAGUUGUCUUAACAGCAAUACUGUUCUCCAGGUAUUCUCCUCUCUGUAACCAUGAAAGAAUAGGGACUUCCCACACAAAACUCCGCUCACAAUGGUGCUCCACCAAGCCCCGUCAGGAAGCAACCUCUACAGUGGACACACUGUUCUCUAUCUAUAGUCUACUCACAGGGAUGGGCAAAGAUCACAUCUUCAAUUCAAACCUCAAUGGACCUAACAGCAGCACUCUUUGUCUCUCGAUCUACCUACAGUUUCUAUCUCUGUCUCUCUCUUUCUUUGUCUUUCUAUUUCUCUCGCUCUCCCUUUCUCUCUCUGUCUCUCUCACUCUCCUACUCUGUCUAUUUUCCUAUCACUAUUUCUACAUCUAACACUUCUGCUCUAUUUCUCUAUCUCACUAUCUUUCUAAUUCUCUCACUCUCACUUGUGGCUCUUGUCACAGCAAUUCAAACUCAGGAAAAUAUCUUCUGAAUGUUCAACAUGAUUCAUGAAAAUAAGAAUUCAGCUUCUGUAUAUGAGAGGUUUCUGAAGCAGACUGUAAAUGUUCAUAUGCAAAAAUGUCUUUUGUACAGCAAAACGAUGUGUACAGACAGUACCUUAACAUUCCUCCUUUGCCUUCCUCAGCACUGAAACGAAAGAGAAAAACGAACGAUUUGGCAGGUGGUUCCCAAAUAGCUAUGUUCCCACACAUCAGCAAAAUCAUUGUAUUUGGAUGUUGUAAUGGUAACUUUCAAGUGCUGGCUUGGGCAGAACGUAAUAACGUAUAAUGUAUGGCGCAUGGUGACUGUCACAGUAAUAUUGUACAGGUAGUGGCUUAGACAUUUCUUUUUCACUGGGGUUAUAUCAAGUACCUUUUUGCUAAGGGAAAAUAUUUGCUUAGCUUUUUCCUGAUUAAAGGAAAAUUCUUCAUAAAGGUGGGUGUUCUUAAACUCAGGAAAUCAGCUUGACACACACACACACACACACACACACACACACACACACACACACACGGAUGUUGCUGGCGAGGACAGUGUAAAGUAUGUUAUUAAUCCGUGGCUUGCGCAACAUCCUUUCAAACUUUGACACCUCUUUAAAUGUGAAAAAUAGUUUAGGCUUGUUGUGUUUUUGAGGAAACUUUCUUUCUUUUUAUCAGUAUUUAAAGAUGCUUUAUGUAUGAUGGUGAACCCUCUCUCAGACACCCUUUGAAUAUCUUCAGUGUUAUGUUUCAAUGUUGUUGAGAAAUUUGACAAUAGACACCUUUUCAAGCUGAGGGACAGAUAUUCUGUCUGUAACAAAAAAAACACACAAGAUAUUUAUAUUUGACUAAGGAUACUUUCUCCAAUGAAUCUGGGCUCAAGAUCAGGCACUUUCCUUCCAGCACCAGACACUCCAUUGUAACUAGAUCCUAUAGCACUUCAUAGAGGGUCUACAUCAGGUUCAGAACCCUGAAAACACUGAUGCUGGAGCACUUGAAUUGGCACUUAAAUUAAAACAUCUUAUUGAUAUAAAUAUAUCUAUGAAGACAUUAUAUUCAAAAACCUAAAGCAAUCAGAUGUAUUAGAAAAAAGAAAGCCAACAUAACAUUUAGAGAGUGUUCACAUCUUAUAUUUGUAUUUCUUUAAGAAUGAAUCAUUUAUUUGGGACUUGAGUUCAUGUGAAAGCAUGAUAGUAACAUGUUUGCCCUGAUUGUACAUUUGUUGAAAUCAUAAUAUUCUGUGAUGUGAAUGCAUGCUGCCUGUAUAUUUUACCUAGUUAUUUUGUCUAGCUUAUGUUUGCUUCUAACAAUAGUCCUCAGUUAAAUUAUUUAGUCCAUCUUUUGAUGAACAAUAUUUAAGCAGUAAGGUACCUCGGGGGUUUGUGAUAUAUGGCCAAUAUACCAGAGCUAAGGGCUGUUCUUAGGCAAUGAGGAGUACCUGGAUACAGCCCUUAGCUGUGGUAUAUUUACCAUAUAUCAAACCCCUGA